AUGGAUCCGAUUAACAGCCAGCAUGUUCAACUUGAAAACAAACGAACAGUUAAAAAAGAACCAACGGAAGAAAAGCCAGCAGUAAAAAAACCAACAAAAAAGCCAGCAGUAAAAAAACCAACAAAAAAGGCAGUAGUAAAGAAAAGGCCAACACCAAAGAAAAGGCCAACACCAAAGAAAAGGCCAACACCAAAGAAAAAACCAGCACCAAAGAAAAAACCAGCACCAAAAAAAAAGCCUCCUGUUGUAAAAGCACCAGAAGGAAAGAAAACGACAUCGCUACAACCAGUAGCUCCUGCCACUCCUGUCAUUCCUACUCCUGUCAUUCCUGCUACUUUUGACACUCCUGAUCCAACUACAUCGAUAUCGACAUCAUCUACUUAUUUACAACAAAAAGCUCAAACUAAAACUUCUGAUUCCAACGUUUCCGCAAAAACUCCCAAUACAUCUUUAGAAAAUAAAUCAUUAUCUGAUUCUGAAAACAAUCGGGUUGUUACUAAUAAUAUUAGUGCUACAGGUUGGGCCGGCAUUGUUAUGGGAGGUUUGGUUGUCGCAGGUUUAAUAGGAUUUUUUAUUAGACGCAAAUUUACUUCUAAACGUUCCAAUGGAGCUUCUGAAAGAUCUAUUGGUAAUGGUGGUGAUGAUGACAAGUUCAAAGAUUUCACUUUGGUUGUGCCCCCUUCUCAAUUACCACCACCAUCAUCAAAUGGACCUUCUCAAACAUUCCAAGACAAUAAUCAAGGACAUGUGGUCAUUGAUCAUGAAGAAAUAGAAAAAAUGACAAGUGGCAUGGACAUUGGUGAUAAUAUUGGUUUUUCACCACUCAUUGGUCACGGUGGAGAACGUCCCGAUUCUCAUCCAUUAAAAGAUUUAGCAAAAAUGUUAUCUCAGUUCACAGGAGAUGAUACAGAUGACGAUCUUGAUGAUAAUAAGGUUGACCCUGCUAUAAUAGUAACAUCAACAUCAAACUAUAUUGAAUCACCAAUAAUAAAGCCAUCACAAGCUUUAUCUCCUCCUAUUGAUGAAAAACCUUCCUCAAAUCAAAAUAUUCAAAUGAACUUUGUUGAACCAAAUCAAAGUAUUCUUCAAAUUGAAAAAAUAGAAACCCCCGACACCACAGAUAAAUCAAUGCCUCCACCUCCUGCAAUUUCUCCUAGAAUUUCAAUAGAAGAAGAAAAUUAUCAUGAAAUAUCAGCGAAUAACAACAAUGUUAACAUCAAUAAUGAGAUGGAUACUACACCAAAAUCAUUUAAAUCUAAUAAAAAUAAAAUUCCUACUCCAUUAAAUUUAAAUAAUCAAGACUCUAAUAAAUCUAUUGAAUUUAUAAAACCUUUGGUCACUCCAACAACCGUUGUUACCCCUGUACAAUCAAAAAAAGAAGUAGCGAAAGAGGAAGACGACGAGGACUAUGAAUUAGUGAUAGAGGAAUCAGUGAAAGAAGCGGAAGAUAAUGAUAAUAAUGUUAAUGAUGAAAAUGAAAAUGAUGAGAAAAGUGAGUAUGAAGAUGAAGAAAAAAGUGAAUAUGAAGAUGAAGAAAAAAGUGAAUAUGAAGAUGAAGAAAAAAGUGAAUAUGAAGAUGAAGAAAGAAACGAAAAUGAAGAUGAAGAAAAAAUUGAACAUGAAGAUGAAGAAAAAAUUGAACAUGAAGAUGAAGAAAAAAGCGAAUACGGAGAUGAAGAAAAAGAUGAACAAAUGAUGGACAAAGAACAAAACCAACAAGAGCUGGUUUCUGACCCUAUUUUAUCUGAUUUUGUAACACCUUCUCAAUCAAAUAUGAAAAUUGAAAUAAUUGAUAAUGAAAUCCCCAUUACAAACAUAAACAUGAAUAGUAAUUCAGGCCUAAAUAGUCUUAAAGCAUUACCAAUUUCUUCCACCACAAGACCUUUCGCUAAACCAACAACAGCAACAAACACAUCUUCAUCUGGAAUUUUCAGAGGUCCACCACCACUGCCACUAUUUGAUAUCGAAGCAUUGAAACGACAUGCUGAAAAAGUAAAAAACGUGAAGGCUACUGUUGUAGCUAAGAAGCAAGUACAUGGUGAUAGUAAUGAUUUGGACAAUAAUACCAAUAAAGACACAAAUGAUGGUGAUGACAAAGAAAAAAAUGGCCCAACUUUAGCACGUAAAAAGUCAGUACGUUUCCAAUCUAAUGACAACAUCACUGAAACAGCUCCUCGACUACCAUCAACUAUAAUCACUUCUGCACCUGAAAAAUCUAUCAUGAAAAAGAAUAAAAAAAAUGGCCCAACUUUAGCACGUAAAAAGUCAGUACGUUUCCAAUCUAAUGACAACAUCACUGAAACAGCUCCUCGACUACCAUCAACUAUAAUCACUUCUGCACCUGAAAAAUCUAUCAUGAAAAAGAAUAGUAUUGUGAGUAUAAAGUGUAUACGAUAUGUACGACAGUUGAAAUGGUGCAGGAAUUCAACUUUAGCUAAAGUUCAAGAUGAAGAUCAUUUAUCAACAACUUCCUUCAUCGAUUAA